CAUAGAUCUUCUAUGUAUUUUAGUUUUUUCUUCCUUAAACCCUUGAAGAAUCGUGAACCAAAACCCCUCUGCCCUCUCUAUAAUUAUCAAAAUCUAAUCAAAAUCUCUCAAAUAAAUAAAAGUUUCGAAGUUUGAUUUACAACCCAAAAGGAGAUGGCUCUUUUACGAAGAUUCAAUACUAUUCGUUCUCUUUAUCAAACCCUUGGGAUGCAUCAAUCUUCUUCAUUCCUAAGCUCAAGAAGCUAUUCCACUGGGUUUUCAAAUGUAUCUCAAUUCUACGGCCAAGGUGUAACUUCUUGCUUAUAUAAGACACAAACUAAUGCUCUUCCUUGGACAUGUAGAAACACACUGACACUUCGUUCAACCAUGGCUGCCGAAUUGUUGAUCUUUUUGAAUGACAAAAAGUCCUUAUCCACACAAGCGCCUACACAAACACGGAAAGUGGGAGCUCAAAUUUCUAUGACUAGCCCUGGAUUUGUGUAUGAACCUUAUGCACUUCGUGAACCGAUCCCGUUUUGGAAGAGGUAUUUUACAAGAACCGGUUGGAGACAAACAAAAGAAGAUAUCAAGUCUGAGCUCAAGAGUGCCUAUGCAAUUGCUAAGUUAAGGAAAACGGGGUACUCAAAACAGAAGUUCUAUAAGGAAGCUGUAGAAUUAUACAAAGAGAUAAGUACUCUAAUAGCAAAUGGUGACAAAACAUCAUUACGGAAAGCAGUUACAGAAAAUAUGUUCUCUGCACUCAAGAAUGAAAUUAAGCAAAGGGAAUCUAUAUGGAGUAAGGUUUACUGGGAGUUGGUCGAACCUAUUGUUAAAAUACGAACUUUGCGAGCCCGAUUGAUUGGUGUUGAUAAGAAUGACCUUAAUAAAGCUUUCAUCCAACUUACUCUCGAGUUCCUGACUAAGGAGAAAUUCGAAGCAUAUGAUUCUAAAGGCGCUGUUGUUGCUGGGGAUAAAACUAAGGAGGUUCUUGUCCGUUCCAUCUGGGUAUUCGAGAAGUCUCUCUUUCAUUCCGGGUCUCACUGGCGUCUCUGCGGACGAAUUAAAGUGUGAGCCAACUAUUAUUUACUGCAAAGUUCAAACUGAUAUUUCUGAUGGCAAUAACGAAUAAUUUACGCUUACCCGAUUUUGUUUGCCGAACUUCUUGUACAUUAAUUCUAUGCAUAUUGAUAGAUUCAAUCCAUGGAGUGAUUUCUUAAAGGACUAAAA